UUCUUUUAUCCGUGGAGUUUUUGUUCGUGCCGUGAAGUUUUUGCCGUGGCACCUGUGGGUCACCGUAGUUAGCAGCUGCAAAACAACUGAUAUUAAUAUUUUAAUAGAUAUAAACGUUGAGUAUUCGUAAACAAAUGAUAUAACGAUUAGGAAUUGUCGUUAUUUUCAACUCUUUGUUGCAUUUCAUUUGUUCAGUUGGAUAUAUUAUGUUAAUAUAUGCAAUACAUUAGAAACAUUUUUGCAUCGAAAAUUUACUAGUUUGAAGCAGAGAGAAGUAAAAUUUACAAUGAACAUUGUCAUUGCUCUAAAAAUCCACCUGGCAACGGUGAUUAUUUAUUCUGCGGUAACGCUGUUGGGUAGCGCUGUUGGCUUUCUUAUUAUUACCAAGAUGAUAGACACAGUCAAGGAUUAUUUAGUUCCAAAAAGAUUUGGUAUUGUCGGCUAUGUAUGUGUAAUUGUUCAUUUCCUUUGUGGAUUGGUAUUUACUGCUCUUACUGCAGCUUUGAGAGAUAGCGAGAACGGGAAAUUUUCUUGCUCUGUUGAUGCUAAAAGUACGGCUACGUACAAGAAACAGGUCGAUCAGGCAUGUUUGGCAAGGUAUGAUCAGUUGUAUAGCCCCCAUCUACCUUUGUACGGCUUUGUUUUAGUCAGUAUUGGAUUGCCAGUUCUUGUCAGUGUUGUUUAUUCACUGACAGUGCGCGAUCGCGUUGACGAAAUAGAGUCAAGACAUGAACGACAAGCUGCCGUGAAUCAUGAACAGGACAGGAAAACGGUAUAUGUUUUUUAUUUCUAUUUUGUCCACCUUGUUGUGCGUGCGUUAUUUGGGAUCAUUUUAACUGUUUUACAACACACAUAUUUCUAUUCUAAUGGGUUUGAUUUCAAAUUCAGCUGUACUUACAACACUACAAUAGUAACAUGUGAAAAUGCAACCGCGUCACAAAAACAGUUAUUGGGUAUAUUUGUGUCCAUAAUAAACGGUAUUGUUGCCUUUGUGAUACUUGUGGAAGUUAUUUAUCUCUCUUGGCGACGUUUACCAUUCCUCAACUCUCGUUCUAGAGUUGACUGGAGUUGUGAUACUGACUUUGUAAGAGCUCAUCUUCUUCGCAAGCAAUAUGCACCUCUUGGAUUUCAACUGACACCCAUGCUGACACCCAUCGAAUGUUUAUACUUUUACAAACAACAAAUUUUGAGUCGUCCUCGAUUUGACUUUUAUAUUAAAGUUGUUAUCCACACUGAACGAGCUCCGCACAAAUUUACCAAAGACAUGGAAAGACACGAAAUUUUCGAUGUUUAUACCCAAGUUCCUUUAGAAUCCAUAAGUUUAGAAAAUAUUAAAGAUUUAUUUUACCCCAACAAAGAUACAAAGGGUAAUUUUCCUCGUAGCAUUCUGGUGAUUGGACGUCCGGGAAUUGGAAAAACGAUCUUGACCGAAAAAAUUCUCCGUGAUUGGGCUGAAGCCACUAAUCAAAUUAAUAAAUAUUAUUGUGAGAAGAUCGCCUUCUUUUUUAAAUUAAGAUGGUUCAAUAAUACAUCAGAAAACAUAUCCCUAAAGACAUUUCUUCAGUUUGGAACGGGACUGAGCGAUGAAAAAUUUGAAAGUAUUUAUGAAGAAAUUACUAAAAAGCCACAAAAAGCCAUUCUUAUUUUUGACGGUUUGGAUGAAUUUCACGGCAACCGAAUCAAUUGUUCAGACCAAUCCAGAAUGAUUCCAAAUGACCCCAAAACUUGCAUGUCUAUAAUGAAUUUAUUUGUAAAACUGGUUUUGGGCGACCUGUUGAAAGGAGCAACGGUUCUAGUAACGGGCAGACCGACUGCAGAUGAUUUUUACUCCAAGCUUAAUUUUAAUCGAAAGGUGGAGAUUAUUGGUUUCACUCACGAUAAAAUUGAAGAGUAUGUCCGCCAAUGUUGUAAAGAAAAUAACAAAACGGGCCAUGAAGUAAAGAUAUGGAAGCACAUCAAAUCCUCAUCAGAACUGUUGAACUUAUGUUACAUUCCAGUUAACUGCCGUAUAAUAUGUGUCACCCUCUCUGAAUGUCUUAGUGAGCCGAAAAAUAACACAAAUGCUCUUCCAAAAACACUAACAAAACUUUACCAGGACGCUUUAGGUUCUUAUGUAAAAUACGAUAAUAACAGAAAUACAGAGCUAGGAAACCCUUAUAUGACAACGAAAGAGGCUUUAAAGGAAUUUCAAAUAUUAGCAUUCGGCGGUAUGAAAAAUCACAACCUGAUUUUUGAUCAAGAAUCUGUUGAUGAACAAAUGAAGAAGUCUUGUUUGUUGAACAGUUUAUCCAAUCCUAUUUUUCCAAUUCAAACACAGUUUUGUUUUGUUCAUUUAACCAUACAAGAAUUUCUAGCUGCAAGACACGUGACUGAAACACUUGCUCCACCUGAAAUAAAGACGUUUAUUUCCGAUCAUGUUGGAAGUGGUAGAUGGCAUUUAGUUCUUCAGUUCAUUGCAGGACUUUUGGGUAAGAAAAUCGAGAUGUUUGAGUACAAAGAUUGUGUUUGGGCAUUUGCAGAAAGACUCAAAGUUACUCAUGGUGAAAUUAAACUUAAUCACAAUCACGUGUUUGCAAUGACAUGUUUAAUGGAAGUGGACAAUGGCAAGAUUGCUAAAGAAGUUUGCGAGACAACUGCUUUGAACAAUGUUGUAAGGCUUGAUAGUGCUAAGUAUCGUGCUUCCCCAAGUGAAAUGGCGGUGGUGAGUUUUUUUUGCAAACACAUGAAAAACUUGGCAAGUUUAGAAUUGGAACCGGCCAAUGCAGGCAGUGUUCAGGAAAUCCAAGAAUUGCUGCAAAAAAGAUGCAUAAAGCAACUAGAAUUGAAUGGAAUAUAUGAACUUGUGAGCAGCGAACCUGUAUUCAGUGCAUUCAUAAAAUUAAACUGUACGUUGAACCACGAACACACUAAGCUGACUUCGUUAAAGCUCCAGCUUUUUUCGAUUACCGACGAAGAAUUACCAAACAUGUGCAUGUUUUUCGAAAAUGGGCAUGCAAGUCAUCUUGAGGAAUUAUAUCUAGGUUAUGCAACAAUAGGUUUAUUUGGUAUAUCGAAACUUUGCGAAGCCCUUAACAAUUGUACAGAACUUACAUGUGUGUACUUUCUAUGUGUAGUGUUAAAGUAUGAGGGUGCAAGUGUGUUGUUUGAUACUCUGACUACAGGACUUCGGAAGCUUACCGAGUUGACUUUCACUAGGUGUUCGUUAACAGAUCGUUGCAUACCCAGUUUGUGCAAGGCACUGCAAGACGAACGUUGUCAACUGACUGUUCUAUCAUUGUGGAACAAUAGCAUAAGUGAUAAAGGUGCAUGUAUGUUGUUUGAAGAUGCCCUGACAAAAGAGCAUUGCAAGCUUACUAAGUUGGAUCUUCGUAAUUGUUUAUUAACGGAUCAAUGCAUAUCCAGUUUGUGUAAGGCACUGCAAGAUGAACAUUGUCAACUAACUGAUCUACUACUUGGGGAAAGUGCCAUAGGUGAUAAAGGUGCAUGUAUGUUGUUUGAAGACGCCCUGACAAAAGAGCAUUGUAAGCUUACUAAGUUGAAUCUUCGUGAGUUUUCGUUAACGGAUCAAUGUAUACCCAGUUUGUGUAAGGCACUGCAAGAUGAACGUUGUCAACUGACUGCUCUAUCACUGGGAAAUAAUGCCAUAGGUGAUGAAGGUGUAGGUAUGUUGUUUGAAGAUGCCCUGACAAAAGAGCAUUGCAAGCUUAAUGAGUUGGAUCUUAUUUCGUGUUCGUUAACAGAUCGUUGCAUAUCCAGUUUGUGUAAGGCACUGCAAGAUGAACAUUGUCAACUAACUGAUCUAUUACUUGGGGAAAGUGCCAUAGGUGAUAAAGGUGCAUGUAUGUUGUUUGAAGACGCCCUGACAAAAGAGCAUUGUAAGCUUACUAAGUUGAAUCUUGAAGAGUUUUCGUUAACGGAUCAAUGCAUACCUAAUUUGUGUAAGGCACUGCAAGAUGAACGUUGUCAACUGACUGUUCUAUCAUUGCGCUACAAUGCCAUAGGUGACAAAGAUGUAGGGAUGUUGUUUGAAGAUGCUCUGACAAAAGAUCAUUGCAAGCUUACCGAGUUGGAUCUUAUUUCGUGUUCGUUAACAGAUCGUUGCAUACCCACUUUGUGUAAGGCGCUGCAAGAUGAACGUUGUAAAUUAACUGAAUUAUGGCUUAACCUCAAUGAGUUUACGGGAAAGGGUAAAACGUUACUUGGUGAUGUACAGGAAUAUCCAACUUGUAAAAGCAGAGGUUUACGAAUUUCGGCUACUUGACUUAAGACUGAUUUAUAAAGUUACGUAACACCUGUACUAUUGUAAAUAUGAAUGUAUGUAAAAAUUGUAAGAAAGAAAUGCCACUGUAAACCACCUUGGUGUCUAUUCCAGAAAUAUUUGCAUGGAGGGCCCGUGGGUGAUUUUCCAUCGUUUAGAAAACUAAUUUCCAUACACUUGAACUUCUACAUCAAUCAUCUGGGCUAUGUCCUGUACCUUUGAACGUUGAAAGAAUGUUCUCAAUGCGCAUUAAAUACUCACCUUUAGUUCAAACGUGGUAUAUGAUGUCAUCGUGUGCAGAAGUUGCAGAACCUGAAAUGACCUAAAAAUCAUUGUUUCACUUUAUUUGCAUUGGGUUCCGUACAUGAAGAAAGUUAAACGUUUGAACUGAUGUCCGUUUAUAUAAGCGUUUUACGGACAGUCCUUUACUGGAAAUCUAAGCCCAAUCCAAAGCCUAGCAAUCAUAUCAGACAACUGGGGUCGGUUGUUCGAAAGUUG